AUGGCGGCGCAGAAACCCUCGAGGACGCCGGCGGAAAUCGAGGACAUUAUCCUCCGGAAGAUAUUCCUCGUCUCCCUCGUCGACUCAAUGGAGAGCGAUUCAAGAAUCGUCUACCUGGAGAUGACAGCCGCCGAGAUUCUGAGCGAGGGUAAGGAUUUGAGGCUGUCCCGCGACUUGAUGGAGAGGGUAGUGAUCGAUCGUCUCUCCGGCAUAUUUCCGGCGGCGGAGCCGCCGUUUCAGUACCUGCUCAAUUCGUACCGCCGCGCGUACGAGGAAGGGAGGAAAAUCGCGUCAAUGAAGGAUAAGGGCGUUAGGUCUGAAAUGGAGAUUGUGGUGAGGCAAGCUAAGAAAUUGGCGGUCUCGUACUGCAGGAUUCACUUAGGGAAUCCCGACAUGUUCCCGAAUAACGAGACGCGCAAAUCGAGCUCGUCCCCUUUGCUGCCGCUGCUAUUUUCCGAGGUGGGUGGCAGUGUCGACGGAUUUGGAGGGAGCAGUAGUGGAGUCUCGGCACCUCCCGGUUUUUUGGAGGAGUUUUUCAGGGAUUCGGAUUAUGACUCGAUUGAGCCUGUUCUGAAGCAGCUGUACGAGGACCUGAGGGGGAGUGUACUGAAAGUUUCGGCUCUUGGGAACUUUCAGCAGCCGUUGAGGGCAUUGUUGUUUCUGGUGAAUUUUCCGGUGGGGGCGAAGGCUUUGGUGAGCCACCCGUGGUGGAUUCCGAGAAGUAUGUAUUUGAAUGGGAGGGUGAUGGAGAUGAAUAGCAUAUUGGGGCCCUUUUUUCAUGUUAGUGCAUUGCCCGAUAACGAGAUAUUCAAGUGUGAGCCUGAUAUUGGCCAACAAUGCUUCUCUGAAGCUUCGACUCGCCGCCCGGCUGAUCUACUGUCAUCCUUUACAACCAUCAAAACUGUUAUGAAUAAUUUGUAUGAUGGGAUGGCAGAAGUUCUUAUGUGCCUUCUUAAAAACACGAAUACUCGGGAAAAUGUUCUCGAGUACCUUUCAGAGGUUAUCAAUAAAAACGCUUCUAGGGCACAUUUGCAGGUCAAUCCUCUAUCUUGUGCUAGUUCUGGCAUGUUUGUAAAUCUCAGUGCUGUAAUGCUUCGUCUAUGUGAGCCAUUUUUAGAUGCUGGUUUGUCGAAAAGGGACAAAAUUGAUCCGAAAUAUGUGUUGUACAGUGACCGUCUGGAGAUGAGAGGAUUGACUGCUUUGCAUGCAUCAUCAGAAGAAGUCUCGGAGUGGUUUGGCAGUAGGACUAACGAACUUUCUGCCCACCUAAAUAAUCCAGUACCGAAAAGUAGUGAAAAAGCCAAAUAUCCAUUCAUAUGCGAAUGUUUCUUCAUGACUGCUAGGAUACUCAACUUGGGGUUGCUAAAGGCUUUUUCGGAUUUCAAACACCUUGUUCAGGAUAUUUCCAGAUGUGAAGAUACUUUAUCCUCAUUCAAAGCUAUGCAUGAGCAAUCACCUUCUCCUCAACUGCAGCAAGAUAUCUCUCGGCUCGAAAAAGAAAUCGAGUUGUACUCGCAAGAAAAGUUGUGCUUUGAAGCUCAAAUAUUAAGGGAUGGAGGGAUUCUUCAGCAUGCAUUGUCUUACUACCGCCUAAUGGUAGUUUGGUUAGUUGGGGUGGUUGGUGGGUUUAAAAUGCCACUACCAUCAACAUGCCCAAAGGAAUUUGCUGCUAUGCCAGAACAUUUUGUAGAAGAUGCCAUGGAGUUGCUAAUCUUUGCAUCGCGAAUUCCUAGAGCUUUAGAUGGAGUCAUGCUGGAUGAUUUUAUGAACUUCAUCAUUAUGUUCAUGGCUAGUCCAGAAUACAUCCGAAAUCCAUAUCUAAGAGCUAAAAUGGUUGAAGUCCUUAAUUGCUGGAUGCCUAGGAGAAGUGGGUCGAAGGCAACAGAGACUUUGCUCGAAGGGCAUCAAUUAUCCCUUGAGUUUCUUGUCAGGAAUCUUCUGAAACUUUAUGUUGAUAUCGAAUUCACAGGUUCUCACACUCAGUUCUAUGACAAGUUCAACAUCCGUCAUAAUAUUGCCGAACUCCUGGAGUACUUAUGGCAGGUUCCUAGUCAUCGCAAUUUUUGGAGAAGGAUUGCCAAGGAGGAGGAGAAAGGCGUCUAUUUGAACUUCUUGAACUUUUUGAUUAAUGAUAGUAUUUAUCUGUUGGAUGAAAGUCUGAACAAAAUUCUUGAACAUAAAGAAUUAGAAUCCGAGAUGUCUAAUACUGUGGAGUGGGAGAGAAGGCUAGCCCAAGAGAGGCAGGAAAGAACUCGACUUUUCCACUCUCAGGAGAACAUUAUUAGGAUUGAUAUGAAGUUGGCCAAUGAAGAUGUGAGCAUGCUAGCAUUUACUUCAGAACAGAUCACAUCUCCUUUCCUGCUACCAGAGAUGGUCGAGAGAGUUGCUAGCAUGCUGAAUUAUUUCCUAUUACAACUUGUGGGCCCGCAAAGGAAAUCGCUUACCUUGAAAGACCCUGAAAAGUAUGAGUUUCGACCCAAAUUGUUGCUAAAGCAGAUCGUUAACAUAUAUGUCAACCUUGCCCGAGGAGACAAAGAUAACAUUUUUGCCUCAGCUAUCAUACGGGAUGGCCGCUCAUACAAUGAACAGCUAUUUGAUUUUGCAGCCGAUGUGUUGAGGAGAAUCGGGGAAGAUACUAGAGUAAUUAACGAGUUUGUCGAGCUCGGAAGAAAAGCUAAAGUUGUUGCCUCAGAGGCUAUGGAUGCCGAAGCUGUUCUUGGUGACAUACCAGACGAGUUUCUCGACCCAAUUCAGUACACGUUAAUGAAAGAUCCUGUCAUUUUGCCUUCGUCAAAAGUCAUUGUGGACCGACCCGUUAUACAGAGGCAUCUAUUGAGUGAUAGCACCGAUCCAUUUAACCGGUCGCAUCUCACUGUGGACAUGUUGAUACCGGAUGUCGAGUUGAAGGCAAAAAUCGAAGAAUUUAUCAAAUCUCAAGAAUUGAAAAGGCGCGGUGAAGGCUCGAGUUUGCAAAACAACAAAGCCACAAUUCAGACGAUAGAUACGAACUCCGCAUUGAUCGAUUAG